AUGUUAUCAAGAAGAUUAUUAAAUAAAAAUACUAUUCAAUUUUUGAAUAAGAAUUGUAAAAAUGUAUCAUCACAAGGUAUUAAAAGUUUUGCUACAGGUAAACCAACACCAGCAAAAGAACCAUUCAAAGCAGUAAAAUAUGAAUCAACAAUUGAAAGAAUAAAUGGUAGAAUUCAAGAAGAAACAGAGAGAGCACAAUUAGGAGGUGGUGUAAAGAAGAUUGAUGUUCAACAUGGUAAAGGUAAAUUAUUAGCACGUGAAAGAUUGGAUCUCUUAUUGGAUGAUGGAUCAUUUAGAGAGUACGAUAUGUUGGUAACCCAUCGUUGUACUGAUUUCAACGUUGAAAAGACACCAGGUGAUGGUGUUGUAACAGGUCAUGGUACAAUCAAUGGUAAAUUGGUAUUUGUAUUCAGUCAAGAUAGUACAGUCAAUGGUGGUUCACUCUCUGAAGCACAUGCUGAAAAGAUUUGCAAGAUCAUGGAUAAAGCAAUGUUAGUUGGUGCACCAGUCAUUGGUUUAAACGAUAGUGGUGGUGCUCGUAUUCAAGAAGGUAUCGCUUCAUUGGCUGGUUAUGCUGAAGUUUUCCAACGUAAUGUUAUGGCAAGUGGUGUCAUUCCUCAAAUCUCUGUCAUCAUGGGACCUUGUGCUGGUGGUGCCGUCUAUUCACCAGCCAUCACCGAUUACGUAUUCAUGGUAAAGGACACCAGUUACUUGUUUGUCACUGGUCCAGAUGUUGUCAAAUCUGUCACCAAUCAAGAGAUCUCUCAAGAGGGUUUAGGUGGUGCUAAAAUCCAUACCACCAAAUCUGGUGUUGCCCAUCUUGCUUUUGACAAUGAUAUCGAUGCCUUAAAGAGAGUUCGUGAAUUUGUCACUCUCCUCCCAUCAAAUCCAAAUGAACCAGCCAUGAGAGAAGCAUUCGAUUCACCAUCUCGUGAAGAUGAUGUCUUGGAUCAAAUCAUUCCAGACGAUCCAAACAAACCAUACGAUAUGAAAGAAGUCAUUGAACGUAUCGUUGAUGAAGGAGAAUUCUUUGAGAUUCAACCAGAGUUUGCCAAGAAUAUCAUCGUUGGUUAUGCUCGUAUGGAGGGUCGUACUGUUGGUUUCGUUGCCAAUCAACCAAAAGAACUCGCAGGUUGUUUAGACAUUGAUGCCUCUGUUAAGGCCGCCCGUUUUGUACGUUUCUGUGAUUGUUUCAAUAUUCCAAUUGUAACUCUCAUCGAUGUUCCAGGUUUCCUUCCAGGUACUAAUCAAGAACACAAUGGUAUCAUUAGACAUGGUGCUAAAUUAUUGUAUGCUUACGCUGAAGCUACCGUUCCAAAGAUCUCAAUUAUCACUCGUAAAGCUUAUGGUGGUGCCUAUGAUGUUAUGUCAUCCAAACAUCUUCGUGGUGAUACCAAUUACUCUUGGCCAACCGGUCAAAUCGCUGUCAUGGGUUCAAAAGGUGCCGUAGAAAUCAUCUUUAGAGGCAAAGGUGACAUCAAAGAACAAGAACAAAUUUACAAUGAUAAAUUUGCUAAUCCAUUACCAGCUGCUCGUAGAGGUUUCAUUGAUGAUAUCAUCCCACCAAGAAUGUCUCGUCAAUACAUUUGUGAAGAUUUAGAAAUUCUUAAAAAUAAAAAAUUAUCAAAUCCAACUAAAAAACAUGGUAAUAUUGUUUUAUAA